AUGGUGAAUGAGGUUUCUGCAUCGUUGUCGCCCGAAUCGGAGUCCAAUUCGACCAUUCACGCCGUGCCCUUUGAAAAUACCGUUGACGCCCCUCUUGCAAUCCGGUCGGUCUCGUUGCCCACAGCCGAUGCGCCAACAGCCUCCAAUGGCCGACCUUUAAGCACAAGCGCUACGUCAGCCAGUCCGAGUGAUGAUCAUGCAUCCGCGCUUAUGUUCUCACGGCUUACGCCAUCUGUGUCCGUUAGAGACGAAACUCGAACAAUUCGGUCGGAGGGCGCGCCCUCCUUGCGCAGCGUGCCCAGCAUUGUUGUGAAUGAACCAGGUUUCCGUCCCAGCUCACGACCGGGCUCAAGGCCGGGCUCUCGAUGGUCAGAAAGAAAGUGGGGUGGUUUAAAGAAACGGUCACUCGAGAUGGAGAGGAAAUUUAGCUUGGAAGAUCCCCCGCCAGUGCCUCAAAUCGAGCACCCCUUUGCUGGUAUUCCCUUAGAUAUACCGACUGCCUCUUUGGAUGGUCUGGAUAAGUCGAUGAAGUUUUCCACUCGUGGAAGUCUGAUCAAGAGUGAUGCGAAACGUCCGCGCCCAAAAACUCCCCAGGAGAAGCUGAAAGAGUGCCCCGAGCCACAACCAGACCAACCGCCCCAGGAGAAGCUGAACAAGCACCCCGAGCAACAACUGGACCAACCGCCCCAGCAAAUUGUGGAAAAAGAGGAACCUCGUCAAGAACUAGGCCAACCAGCUCAGGAAAUAUCAGAAGAGAAUUGUCAUCGACAGUUGGACCGACAGGCAUCUGAAAUUGCGCCGCCCCCUGCCAUAAUCACGAGCCGGCCCGAAGGAGAAAAUGGAACACCGAAAGCGGUUCCACGGCAUGCCAAACCUCAAGGCACUCUUCGCCCGAGACAGACUAGUCUUCCGAGCAGAGCAAUCUCGGCAGACGAAGAUAUGUUGUCACGGCGAGUUCGGUUGAUGUACGAGAAGGGCGAAGACAAUGUUACCGACUCCGAGGUUGCGAAAGCAAUGGCCUCAGAAAAUGGGGUUUUAUGGGAGGAGGGUGCGAUGCCGGAUACUGAAACCCCUGAAACACUUGCUGCUCAGACAAAUGAGACUGGAAAUGAAACCAAAACAAGGGCGUCUGUCGAAGUGGAGCGUAUUCGAAUUAAGAGGGAAACCCAGGAGCUAGCAGGUGGUGCUGAAUAUUGGCAAAAUAUCGGUGCAGAAGAAGUCGAUCGUUAUGGCUUCAUUCGACCUGCAAAGAACGCCAAGGGUUCCGAUAUUAACCCGCUCCAGCGAGUUACGACUAGCCUUCUGUUGGCUUCUGAGACACCUCGGCGGAAACGUUCAAUUCGCCCACCAACCGCUCCGGCCAGCAACCGUUCUUUCAAUGGCCCGUCUCUAGUCCGCAAAAUAUCCCAUAGUUCCCUAAGCGCGCGUCCAUCUUCGUCACAAAGCAACUAUGGUCCGCCACUGCGCCGCUCGACAUCUCGUUUGCGUACGGCGACUAAUCAUCUGCCUUACAACCGAGACCGAAAAGCCAAAGAUGAGGCGGCUGACAUGCUGACUCUGCCCACUCCAUCUGGUGGUGAGAAAGAAGAUGCACCAAUCACUCGCGCAAUGCGAAGGAAGGAGUGGCAACGUGAAGACAAGUGGACCAAGAUGGCUAAGCCGACGAAGAAGACCAAGGACGGCGGCGGUAUGACCUUUGAGUUCGAUACUCAGAACUCAAAAUUGAUUGAGCGAACUUGGAAAGGCAUUCCAGAUCGGUGGCGGUCAACGGCCUGGUACUCAUUCCUUGAAGCUAGUGCCCGACGCCACAAGGGCAGCCCGCCUGCGGACGAGCUCAUCGAAGCCUUCAAUGAGCUCCAGUUCAUCUCGUCUCCGGACGAUGUCCAGAUUGAUAUCGAUGUGCCGCGGACUAUCUCCAGCCAUAUCAUGUUUCGGAGGCGCUAUCGGGGUGGCCAAAGACUACUGUUCCGUGUCCUUCACGCCAUGUCACUAUAUUUUCCUGACACGGGCUACGUACAGGGAAUGGCAACUCUCGCGGCUACAUUACUGGCGUACUACGAUGAGGAACAUUCUUUUAUUAUGCUCGUCAGAUUGUGGCAGCUGCGAGGUCUGGAAGAGCUGUACAAGUCCGGCUUUGCUGGUCUAAUGGAGGCCUUGGCCGACUUUGAGCGUGAAUGGCUCGCCGGAGGUGAAGUGGCCACGAAACUGAACGAGGUUGGAAUCCCACCCACAGCCUACGGCACUCGCUGGUACCUCACUCUCUUUAAUUACUCGAUCCCCUUCCCGGCCCAGCUUCGGGUGUGGGAUGUCUUCAUGCUCCUUGGAGAUGCCGAAGACAACACUGGUCGUCCCGCAACAUCUGGAGGGAAGAACAAAGUUCCCACUGCUGAGAACCCAAGGACAUUUGGCCAAGGUCUUGACGUCUUGCAUGCUUCAUCUGCUGCCCUUAUUGAUGGCAUGCGUGAAAUCAUUCUCGAGUCCGACUUUGAGAAUAUCAUGAAAGUCCUCACCAGCUGGGUUCCCAUCAAAGACACCGAAAUGUUCAUGCGCGUCGCCAAAGCGGAAUGGAAAGUCCAUCGUCGCAGGAAAGCCCCUUAA